AUGGUGACGGCAAUCAAGAACGUGGCGAUGCUGGGCGUGGAGCUGACGGUCGAGGAGCGCAACCUUCUGUCACGGGCUUACAAGCACCAAAUAACGAGCACGCGAGAGUCGUGGGAACGGAUCGUCGAGUGCGAGAAGAAGGAGAAGCGCAGUAUUCGAAGCGACUCCUUCGCGGACCACAUCAUCAAGUACCGAAGUGCCCUCGAAUCGGAGAUAUGUUUCGUCUGUCGCGACCUGCUGGCCGUACUCGACGUCUACGUGAUCCCGCACACCGUCUCCGCCGAGGCCCGCGUCUUCUUCUUAAAGAUGAAGGGGGACUACUAUCGGCAUCUCGCUGAGUUCGGGUCCGAGGGCGAGAGGAAGGAAGCGAUCCAGAACGCGGUGAACUACUUUACCCAGGCGUCGGACAUCGCGAUCCUGGAGCUACCACCAGCUCAUCCCAUUCGUCUUAGCCUUGCCCUCAACUUCUCCCUCUUUCAGUAUUACAUCCUAAAGCAGUCGGAAAAAGCGUGCACGUUGGCGAAGGAGGCUUUCGAUGAUGCGAUUGCCGAGUUGGACACGCUGGACGAGGAAUCCUACAAAAACAGCAGCCGCACGAUGCAAGUGCUUCGCGACUGCCUCACCUUCCGAUCCGGUGCCAACAGCUCUGCCAAAUGCAAGGGUCGUUCUAAAGGUGGAUCGGAGGUGUAG